AUGCAUCCAGCCCUGGGCAUGCCUGAGACUUUCUCGAUUCCCCAUGGGCAAAGCCGCGGCCACGUGCACUGCCCCCGGGCGCUGGGGUCCUCGUCCUUCUCCGCGACCCCGAUCCGGGUGCACCUGCCCCCGUCCUCCGGCUACCCAGCCGAGGGCCCGGGGGCUGCCGCGCUGGACGCGGCGGUGGCGCCCACCCGGAGGCGGGCCCGGCCCGGGCGACGGCCGCGGCUGCUCGGUGGCAAGGCCGGGGGCGCCCCGCCUUCGCCUGCCCGGGCUGUGCGUCGGGGGCACCGUCCGUCCGGGAGGCCGAGGUGUCCGCGUCCGGCUCCGCCCCGCCUGCCUGCGGGCCUCCCGUCCAUCUGCGCAUCGGCCCCUCCUCCCCGAGCGCGCCUUGCGCGCCAGGCCGCGGGGACGGCCGGUCCGCGCGAGGACCUCCCUUCCCGCUCGCGCUCUGCGUCUGUCCGGGACCAGCCGGAGCCCUCCGCGCCCCGUGGGUUUGCCCCGCCGGCGGGGGCCGGGCCGGGCCCUGGUCGCGGAGAGCCCGCGCGACGAUUCCGCGUCCCCGCCGGCCUGCGGUGGAGACGCCGCCGCGCGCCCCCCGUUCGCCAGUUGGUCGCUGGCGGGGAGGAGGACAGGACGGCCACCAUGCAGGCCCCGGACGAUGGCGAGGGCGGCGCAGGGACGCCCAAUGGUCCUGGAGGCUGCUCAGGCCUUGGCGGCUGGGAGGGUGAAGGAGAGGAGGGCGCUGUGGCCGGUGCAGCUCCCCAGGUCCAAGGGGCCUCGCUUGCCCCUGCGCCGGGUGCAGAGGCCUCUUCCCCUGGUGCGACCCCUGGAAGCCCGCCGCUGGAGUUCGCCCUAACGGUGCCCUUCCUGUCCUACACGGAUGCGGAGGUGGCUCGCAGGUACCUGUGCGCAGGUGCUGACCUCUACCACGGGGCUGUGCAGAGGGAGCUCACAGUGAUUGGCAGUGACCUGGUUAUCCGAUUAACGUCUGAAGACUCCGGCCUCCUGCAAAUCUCCACUGCCUCCUUGCUCAGCAGGCUUUCCGUCGUGGUGCAGACCAUGCAGCACUUCGUGCCUCCGGUGUUUGUUAAGCCUCGGCCUGGAAAGGGGGGUUGAGGCCACAAGAGUACCCUGUCCUAGGCAGCGCGUCCUUCCCUAGGACCGUGAUUUUCGCACCAGUGGCCACUUUAUUGGAGGGCCCGACUGUCUGCCUGCACCAGCCCUUGGCCACUCUCUACCCCCGUGGCUUGGCUUGCUGCCUAGGUACUGCUUACCGCGGAUAAUAAAACGGAGUUUCUUUGCGGCAUCCA